UCUUGAGUAUCAAACAACCUACCGACGCGUGAAAAGGGCGCGUGACUAACCAACGACGACAAAUUGCUGCACCAAGCUAGCGUUGAUUUCUCCUCUCUGGAGGUUCCGGCAACUUCAAAGUAGGCUGCCAAUUAACCAACAACUACGUCUGCUGCUUUCUCUUCCCGCCCCCUCUGUGCAUUUUCGAUUCCGGAGAAACGCCCUCCGCCGGUGCAUAUCACAGUACGCAUCAGUUAUUUCGCAUCGCCGGUUUAGAAUAAGUCUCCACAGCUUCUCAGGACAGCAACCCCCUGCGAGCGAAUCAAAUGCGAUCUCUGAAUCACCACCGCCCAAUCAUCCGACCCGGUCGCUCUCGCCGGCGGAGUCACUCUUCUACUCUCGACGCAGCAUCAUCGCUGCCCUUCUAUUCCCGUCCGUCUUAUAAUCCCCAGGAUUCGUUCUUUAUGUCCCCUGUCGAUGAUUGGGGUGACAAUGAGGAUUUUCCUGUUGACUACGUGUUCUCAUCCAGUGAUGCCGAUAGCAGCGAUGGGGAAUUCGUGCUGAGUCCUUUGACUGAUAUGGAUUUACCUACUUCUAAGGUGUCGACUAACGAUGCUGUUACAGUAACAGCUCACCGCCUAGGAUUGAUUGGGAGGGGUCACAGAAGACAUAGAAUCAAUUACGGGAUUUGGAACAAUUUUGGGUUGAUAACCUUCUUGACGGUGCUGCUUCUGUUUAUUGACUGGCGUGCCUGGAAGAUUGUAAGGGUACCCCUGCCAUCAUUAUACUUAUCUCGGCCCUUUUUCUUAUCAGCAGCUUUAGUCGCAUGUGCGGGCUACAUUUGUGCCCCAUUGCUUGACGCUUUGAUGAUUCACGAGACUGUCAGGAGAGUAGGGCAUUUUAUGUAUUCCAGGAAGAGGGCAACACCUACAAUGGGUGGUCUGUUUACAGUUCCUAUCGGUGUAGGUGUCUCUUUCUUCUUUGUUGGUUUUACUUGUGUCGAAGUUUCUGCUGCAGCAUUAGCAACUAUUGCAUUUGGUGCCAUCGGUUUUCUUGAUGACAUUGUAAGGAUCAUCAACCAACAUCACUAUGGCCUGUCUAUGUGGACAAAAGUUCUUUUGGAGGUGGCUUCAGGGACUGGUUUUGCAGUUUGGCUAAGCACGGCAAACAUAUCGUCACCUUACAGCAUGAAAAUGUUGGUUCCUCUACCCGCUCCGCUGGGCCUUGUUUGCUUGGGGAAAUUUUAUUUGGUGCUGACUUCUCUAUGCUUUGUCUCCAUGGGACGUGGGAUUGACCUAACAGAUGGUCUUGAUGGGCUAACUGCUGGAACUGCUGCAUCGGCUUUUACAGGAAUGGCAGUUGCAGUGAUACCGAUAUGUCCUGAACUUGGCAUAUUUGGAGCAUCAAUGGCAGGUGCCUGUGUUGGUUUUCUGCUGCACAACCGGUACAAGGCAUCGGUCCUGCUGGGAGACACGGGAUCUUUGGCCUUAGGAGGAGCAUUAGCUGCAAUGGCUGCUUGUACUGGGAUGUUCUUUCCAUUGUUUCUUUCAUCUGGAAUCUUCCUUUUAGAAGCACUCUCAGUUGGAAUGCAGGUCAUUUGUGGAUUUAGCUAUAAUGUUGUCAACUUGAAGACAAGGAAAGGGCUGAAGGCAGGAAUAGAGCGGUAUGCGACGUGCAUCGCACCUCUCCAUCGGCACCUCCAAUUAUGGGGAGUGAAGGAACCCGUCAUUGUUGCUGGUGCAUAUGUUAUAUCAAGCUUCUUGGCCUUGACCGGAGGAUAUGUUGCUCUAAUCUCAGCUUAG